GUAUUUAUUCCCCAUCCAGAAGCUUACACUACAUGUUGUACACAGAAGCGUCCCCUGCUGCACGUGUCAUGCAUGGCCGAUAAUACAUACUCCUCUGGAGUGCGUCAGGGAAAUCUGUUGCAUUGCAGAAACCGUCGCGCGUCUCUUGCUCGCCUCACCUUCUUCAACUUCUUUCCCUUCUUCCCCCAUUUCGCUCAUUGCUUGAUUCCUCUGCCAUCCAUGGCUCCUCCUCCAUCACCACCACUAAAUCACCAUGAUCAAGAACAGCAGCAGCAGCAAGAGCGUCAGAAGAAAGAAGAAGCCGUGGACGGGCGGCAUGGAUGGGCGGCGGCGGUGGCCAUGGAGGCGCGGUUGCAGCGUGGCAUCGCGCUGCCGCUGAUCGGCAUGAACCUCACCUGGUUCGCGAAGCUGGCCGUGACCACGGCGUUCCUGGGCCGGCUCGGCGACCUGGAGCUCGCCGCGGGGACGCUGGGCUACAGCUUCGCCAACGCCACGGGCUUCGCCGUCCUCACGGGCCUCUGCGGCGCCAUGGACCCGAUCUGCGGCCAGGCCCACGGCGCCCGGAACGCCCCCUUGCUCCGCCGCACGCUGCUCAUGGCCACCGCCCUGCUGCUCGCCGCCUCCGCGCCCAUCGCGCUCCUCUGGCUCCGCGUCGACGCCGUGCUCCGCCGAUUCGGCCAGCAGGACGACAUCGCUGAAGUUGCCAGGGAGUUCGUGCUGUGGCUCCUCCCUGACCUCGUCAUGACGGCGCUCCUGGCGCCCAUGAAGGCGUUCCUGAGCUCCCAGGGGGUGACGCUGCCGACUCUGUUCUGCUCCGCCGUGGGGCUCGCCGUGCACAUACCGGCCACGGUGUGGCUGGCGAGGACUAGGGGCGUGCAGGGCGUCGCCGCCGCCGCCUGGAUCAGCGACCUCGCCGUCGCCCUCCUCCUCGCCGCCUUCGUGCUCGUCUCCGGCGGCGGGGGCAAGGAGGAGGAGAAGAAGAAGAGCAAUGGCGGCGGGGGCAAGAUGAUGAUGCCGACAUCGGCAACGGAGUGGGCGCGGCUGCUGCGGCUGGCGAUCCCCUGCUGCCUCAACACGUGCCUCGAGUGGUGGUGCUACGAGAUCCUCGUGCUCCUCACCGGCCGCCUCCCGGACCCGCGGCGGGCCGUCGCCAUCAUCGCCGUCACGCUCAACUUCGACUACCUCCUCUUCGCCGCCAUGCUCUCGCUCUCCGUCAGCGCCUCCGUCCGCGUCUCCAACUCCCUCGGCGCCAACGACCCUUCAGCCGCGCGCAGAGCCAGCGUCGUCUCCGUCUCCGGCAGCGUCCUGGCCGGCAUCAUCGGAGGGCUCCUCAUGCUGGCCUUGCGGCGGCCAUGGGCGCGGCUGUACACGCGCGGGGAGGAGGUGCGCGCCGGGGUGGGGGAGGCCAUGAAGGUCAUGGCGGCGCUGGAGGUGGUGAAUUUCCCGCUGAACGUCUGCGGCGGCGUGGUCAGGGGCACGGCGAGGCCGGCGGUGGGGAUGUACGCCGUGGUCGGAGGGUUUUACGCGGUGGCGCUCCCCGUCGGGGUCGCGCUGGGGUUUAAAGCUCGGUUGGGGAUCCGGGGGCUCCUCGCCGGGUUCAUCGUCGGCGUGGCCGCGAGCUUGGCCGUGCUGCUCGUGGUGAUCGUGCGCAUGGACUGGAAGGCGGAGGCCAACAAGGCCAGGGCCAGAGCUGCCGCCGGUGAUGGGGAUGGAGAGCUUGAGCUUGAGCUGCCUCGUGUCGUCGUCUCCGGGGCCGGCGGCAGCAAGGCGGCCCCGGAUGCUGCUAAUGCGGCGGAGGUUUGACGGCGGUUCCAUUGAUUAAUCCUCGAAUCGAAGUGUAUAUGGAAAAGUUUUGAUUUGAAAUCUGUAAGAUUUAAGAUUAAUUUGUCACCGACCGCGCGACAGGGAAGUGUUGGACGAGUGAAGCGAACUGAUGACAGAGUGCAAAAUGCGGAUCUUAAUUUUUCGGAUUUUUCUUUC